GCCGCCGCAGACCGGCUCCCGGCUCGGCGCGGCGCGGCUCGGCCCGCUCGGCCCCGCCAUGUCGCAGGUGCUGCCCUACGGCGAGGACAAGGUGGGCCGCUACGGCACCGAGCCCGAGGCGGGGGAGCUGCCCUUCAGCUGCCGCCUGCAGGACACCAACGCCUUCUUCGGGGGCAACCAGGGCAAGCGGCCCCCCAAGCUGGGACAGAUCGGCCGCGCCAAGAGAGUGGUGAUCGAGGAUGACCGGAUAGACGAGGUGCUCAAGGGCAUGACGGAGAAGUCGCCGCCGGGGGUGUAAGCCGGGACCCGUCGCCAGGACCCGCGGGCCGAGCCCUGCUCCCGGCCCUGCAUGCUGGCUGGACCGCCGACGAGGAGGGGGGGGAAGGCCGUGCCAGUGCCCCCUCCCGACCCCGGCCCGGGGAGGGGGGGAGCUCUGCGGCCGCCACCACCACCGCCCCCCCCCCGCGCCAUGCACUUUACCCCUCCGCCUCCCCCGGGGGUGGGAGAACCCACCGAGCCCCCCGCCCUGGGCAAAGACCCCCCCUCCCCUCCUUGGCAGGGGGGGUCCCCGAAUCCCGGGGCGGCCGCGGCCGCACGAGCCGGGGGGGGAAGCGCUGCUGUCCAGAGACAUUUUUUGCUCCAUCGUUUUUUGCAUGAGCUUGGUGGCCCGGGCACCCGGUCCUGGGGCCGAGGGUCAGCCCCACCACUCCGGCACACGCUUCUUUUUAAACAGAAAACUCCUCAUAUUUGUAUUUUUAUAUCCGAAUCUUUGUUAAAAACGAUCUGCUGACGUUGAGAUGUCGAAGUAACCGCAUCGGGGAGGAAAGAAACCAAACCAACCAACCAAACGGUUCAUAUUUUUUUCCAUAAGAAAAAAAAAAGACAAAAAAAGAAGAAAUAAAAAAACAAACCAAGGGGAGGGGGGAAAAAAGAAACCCAUAAAAAGGGGGAGAGGGGGCUGUGAGAGUGAUGGAGGGAGCGUCAGGAAAGCCAAAGGCGUGGGGAGGGGAGAGGGGACCCUCGGCCUGACCCCCCCUCCCCAGGCCAUCAGCAGGUCUGGCCGGAGGGGUUGGCAGCAAUGUGGGCUGCCGGAGAGCCCUCCCGGGGCAGAGCCCAGCGGGGCGGCUGCGGGUGCCGGAGGGGGGUCCCGGGCCUGCCCCUCGCUCCAGAGGCUGGUGGGGGGGAAGGGGGAGGGCAGGGACAGGCCUGAGUCGUUGUUUUUAAUUUUGUACUUUAAGUUAAUUUUAUUUUUUAAGAAGCUUCUCGGGGGGUUCUGAUGUGCAUGAGAAACUCGUCAUCUUUUUCAAUAACCUACGAGUGGCAUUUAUGGAGACGACGCAAAAAAACCCCAAACCCCAACCCCACGACAACAGCAACAACAACAACCAAAAAACAAAACCGAGAAAAAAAACAGAAAAAAAAAAGAAAAGGAAAAAAAAAAAAAGGAGAUACUUGUGUCAUGAUGUUCUACGGAUGAUCCAUUGUAAAUUGAAAUGCCAUUUUUCACUGUACUGGUGAACCAAAUGCGAUGAAUAAAAUACAUUCAUGUACCGAG